ACGGUGUUCACGGUAAUACACAUUUUUAUUACAUAGUUGUGAUCUAAGUGGCAUCGAAUGCUAGAUAAAUUACAAUAUAAUUAUUACUUUCGCACCGCCUGAUUAAUAAGACAACCAUGGAACUGUUGCAGGGUGGUGACACAAGUGCUAUGCAGAUGGCUGGCAUGCAUGGAAUGCCGGGCAUGCCCAUGAUGGGUAUGCCAGGAAUGAGCGGUAUGCCAGGAAUGAGCAGUAUGCCAGGCAUGCAGCAUCCCGGCAUGAUGCAUCCAAACAUGCCCAUGGGCAACAUCGGUAUGCCUGGCAUUGCCAUGCCAACCAUGCCGCCGGGUAUGCCGCCCGCACCGUUGCCGGGCGCGCCGCCGCUGCCCGCCGCGCCGCCGCCAGGCGGGGACUUCAAUGCACCUAUCUACGAUUUGCAGCAGAUGGGCGAUGUCUACACUGGUCCUGGCGCCAAAUGCUCAACGCUCCCAGCGGUCCUCGGCGGUUCGCUGCCGCGGCUCUCUAGCGAGCAGGCGGACGCGGUUGCCCGCGCCAAGAAGUACGCCAUGGAGCAGAGCAUCAAGAUGGUCCUGAUGAAGCAGACGCUGGCACAUCAGCAGCAACAGAUGGCCUCCCAGAGGACGCAAGUGCAACGGCAACAGGCGCUGGCCCUCAUGUGCAGAGUAUACGUUGGCUCCAUCUCGUUCGAGCUAAAGGAAGACACGAUCCGGCAGGCGUUUUUGCCGUUCGGUCCGAUCAAGAGUAUCAACAUGUCGUGGGAUCCCGUCACACAAAAACACAAGGGCUUCGCAUUCGUCGAAUACGAGAUACCAGAAGCGGCGCAGCUCAGCUUGGAGCAGAUGAACGGCGUGAUGCUGGGCGGGCGGAACAUCAAGGUCGUGGGGCGGCCCAGCAACAUGCCGCAGGCUCAGGCUGUCAUAGACGAGAUACAGGAGGAAGCGAAGCAGUACAACCGUAUCUACGUAGCGUCAGUUCAUCCGGAGCUUAGUGAAGACGACAUCAAGAAUGUGUUCGAGGCGUUUGGGCCCGUCACGUACUGCAGGCUGGCGCACGGUGCGCAGGCAACGAGGCAUAAGGGCUACGGGUUCCUAGAAUACGCAACAUUAAACGCCGCGCUAGAAGCCAUCGCGUCGAUGAACCUGUUCGACUUGGGCGGGCAGUACUUACGCGUGGGCCGCGCCAUCACGCCGCCGCACGCGCUCUCCGGCCCGCCGCCGCCGCAGGCCAUGCCCACCGCGGCCGCUGUUGCUGCUGCCGCCGCUACGGCCAAGAUACAGGCGAUGGACGCCGUAGCCAGCAACGCCGUAGCAUUAGGUCUCACGAAGCUGAACGCCCUCGGCGUGCCCCCGGCCGCCGCACUCCCCACCCUCGCGGCGGCCCUGCCCGGCGCGCUGCCCGCCAACCUGCCCGUCACGCUACCCGCGGCGCUGCCGGCCGCGCUGCCCGGCGCGCUGCCCGUGACGCUCCCGGCCGCGCUCCCCGCCGCGCUGCCGCCGCCCGGCGUCGUCAUCCCGCCGCCGCCCGUGUCCGCAAGACCGCAGCCGCCCCCACAGACCCAACCGCCACCAGUAUCAGCCGCGUCCGCAGCGGCGACAGGCGAAGCCGGCCUCCAAGCAGCCCUACAGAAGAAACUCCUAGACUCCUCCCCCGACACGCUGCAGCAGCAAGAAUCCCUGUCCAUCUCGGGGCAGUCGGCGCGGCACCUCGUCAUGCAGCGGCUCAUGCGGCGUCGCGUGUCGCGCACCGUGCUGCUCGCCAACAUGGUGGCACCCGAGGAGGUCGACGAGGCGCUGCACCACGAGAUACAGGAGGAAUGCGGCAAAUGGGGCGCGGUUGAACGGCUAGUAAUCUACAACGAGCGGCAGAGCGAGGACGAUGACCCCGCGCACGCACUAGUCAAGAUUUUCGUGCAGUUCCAAAACCCUGAAGAGGCGGCAGCGGCGGCGGCGGCGCUGAACGGGCGCUACUUCGGCGGCCGCACCGUGCGCGCCGCGCUCUACGACCAGGAGCUCUUCGACCACGGCGACCUCUCCGGCUAGUGCCCACCCUGACCACUAGGUGGCACUAUGUAAAUACUCCUAUUAUAAUCUAGGUUCAAAAAAUAAUCGAGACGGAUGCUAAUAACCCGAAAGACAAAAAAUGCUCGGAGCAUAUUCGCUAAAUAGCGCUGGCGGUGACAACGCUGUACUUCUGUGAAAUACUUAUGUAUCAAUAUAACAGUCCACGCCGGCGUCAUUGACGAGCUAAUUCAAUCGAGAAUAGUUCUUCGUGACUGAAGCUUAAGGUAUAUGUUCGUUUGACGGAGUUAAAAUGUUUAGAGGACAGUAAAACCGGAAAUAUGCGUCAAGAAACGCGGCCGCCACGGUGGCACUUUAAAAUGUCCUAGUUUCAAAAUAGCGGCACAAACCAUUGACUACGAAAUUAUAAAUAGAAAGUCUGUCUUCAACUCUUCAUUUGUCAAAGGAACAUUAUACCCGAAGCGGUAGAGUCGGGCUAAACUAACUCUGCAUGGGAUUAGCAACGACAAAGUGUGUUAUCGUUGAUGUCAAAUUUCCUUGAAAAUAUGACGUUUACAAUGAAUCCUUUGUUCUGAUCAAGUCGAUGCAGAGUUAGCUUAGCCGGAAUCUAAGCUCCUGUAGUAAAGCGACUGGCAUAUCGUCAGGUGACAAGCAAAAGUCACUAAUUACUAAAAAAAAUUAAACAAAAAUCGACCUACUUUCAGUACUAAUAUGGUUCACUAUGGCUAUGAACUUGUGGUGGUACUUAGCGAGUUUUGCUUGUCACCUGACGAUAUUUUAUGGACCUAUUAUUAUUGAAAUGUUUUCAUCGACGUUCCGUUUCACUUAAUAAAUUGCAAACGGACCGUCGCCAAAAAAAACACUUCAUAAGCAGGCCACGAGUACUGCGAUACUGGCUGUAAAAUGUAUUCGAAUUUCGAAUAGUAAUGUUAUGGAACGCGUAACACUUUGUUCCUUUUUCGUAACUAUCGUGAUCAAUACGGUAUAACUGGUAUAAGCAUAGAAAAUUUGCUAGGCAAUAUUCAACUAUAAAUUAUUAUUUCAAAGACGUAGUUUUUCUAAUAUGGGCUGUAUUUGCGGUCUUAUUAUUAAGAUUAGGUAAACAUAAUUUUAACUGACAAACUUUAUACUGUUAAAAUUGUUUUUUAAUGUAAAUAUUUAAGUUGACUAAGUAUAUGUAUAAAUUGUAUUUCAGCUUCGUAAAUUCAAUUUAGGUGUUAAAUCAAAUGUUACGAAAACGGAACAACGAAAUAAAACCAUGUAAACGGGUAAAAAGUUAAUGAAAUUAUCCAUGGAAUAGCGUCAAUACUUUUAUGUAUUGAAAGUUGUAUACAAAUUUUUGACUUAAGUUUGAUAAACUGUAAAAUGUUACUUGGUAGUGUCAGAACGAAUUAGUAGCAAAAUGUCUAACAAGAAAAAUAAUAAGAUUUUGUGGAUAUAGGUUUCGAGCAUGACAGUAUUGACAGUGACACAGUUGGACCCUUUUGGGACCCUAAAAAUCAGUUAAUGCUAAAAAUAAUUCUCUUGUUAGAUAUUCUUACACUAACGUACUUGACAAGCCUGAAGAAUGGUGACGAAAAGAUCUAAGUAUAAUAAAACUAGUUUUACGUAUGAUUAUGAUAAUUGUUAAUAAAUUAAAUUACUUGUAAGAA